AUGAAGCCAUACUGCAUCGCAGCAAUUGCUCUUCUCUUGUUUGCAUUCUGUUCUCUCAGUGAGAGCAGCAGUUACCCCGCUCAGUGCUGUUUUAAGUUCAUAAACAUCAAAAUUCCUGUGAAAGCUGUCUUAAGCUAUUCAGAGACAUAUCAUGAAUGCUCAAAGCCUGGUGUCAUCUUUACUACAGUGAGACAGAGGAAUAUUUGUGCUGAUCCGAGAGAGCCCUGGGUCAUAAAUCUGAUGAAUUCUUUGGAUGUCAAAGAGAAGCAAUUUUGUGCCGACCCAACCAAAACCUGGGUCCGGGAUCUGAUGAACUAUCUGGAUGGUAUUGAGUUAACUACUGGAUCUGGAGACAGCAGCUCUAGCCCAACCACCAUGGCUCCAAGCAAACAUUAA